AAUAUUUGCUGAGUCAGCAUAAUUCUGGAACUGCUGCAACAAAAAAUGUCAAGGAGAUGCAUUCCUGGGCCAUGGGAUCGAAGCCGGCUAGCGCGCUAUCAGAGUACAUGCAUUUUUACUGCCCUGAGGAAAUAAAUAUGCUUCAUGGACACAUCUCCUAGUUGCUACAAUGAACUACAGACUGAUUGCUAUUUUGACACUGACAAUACUGAUGUUAAUCAUGUUUGCACACAAGGAAGUAUCCUGUGAUGCCGGUGUAACCUCAACAAGUGCUGGAAACAAGUUUGUGGUCGGUUUCUUGAGAAAUAGUAUUAAUGAAGCCCCAGCAGGUACGCCCACAGAGUUGUUAUUGUCUAUGACAAAUCCAGAGUCAAGUGCUAUUAAUUUCACAGUCACUCCAAUUGAUUUUAAUCGUACCAUUUCUACCUCUUCAAUUGUGGCAACCAUUCCACUAAGUUUUGAGGUACGAUCUCUCAAUGAAACGAACAAGGGGAUCCUUGUAGAAGCUGACGGAAACAUCAACGUGUACGGGUUGUCUAAUAACCUAUAUUCGCAAGAUGCCUUUUUAGCGUUACCCUGUACUGUAAUGCCAGUUGAUGAAUACGAAUAUUAUGUAAUCUCCUACGACCCAUUCGUCGAUAUUAUGAAUUCCGUUCCUUAUCCUAGUGUUGUUUUGUUGGUAGCCUGUGAAGAUGGAACUGUUGUCACGUUCCGCAAUUCCUCAACAAUAAUAUUACUAAAUAGUACGCAAACAUAUCAGAUUCACAGUGAUCAAAAUGAUCUCACAGGAACAAGAAUAACUAGCUCGAAACCUUUGUCUGUGUUUAGCGGAUCUGAUUGUGCAUUAGUUCCAUCUUCUUCGAGUGGUUGUGAUGCACUGAUUGAGCAAGUGCCUCCGACUGUGACAUGGGGCUUAAAAUUCCUCCUGGGCGCUCUUGGCCCUCAAUACAUUUCUGCGUCUGGUGAUAUUAUUCGUGUUCUUAGUUCCCGAGCAGCAAAUGUAUCUGUUAGCGGCUGCACCACCUCACUCAGUGAAUUCCAGUUACAGAGUGGAGGGAGUUUCAGAGAAUUUCAAAUCGAACAAAACAGUUUCUGUAGCAUUGAAUCCACUUCUCCAGUACUGGUCGCUCAGUAUGCAGGUACUGUUGCUAGCGGACAAACUGUUAGCGGAGGACCAUUCAUGAUGAUAAUUCCUCCAAUUGAGCAGUUUAGAAAUAACUAUUUAGUAGAGACGUUCCGUCGUUCUGGAUCGAACUUUGUCACUAUAUAUGUUGCUCCUGAGUUUUUUCAAACUGCAGAUAUAUUGUUAAACGAAAAUGUUGUUACUGGUUGGACGGAUGUUACAUGUUCAAGUGGAGAGGUUUGUGGCCACAUAAGUAGAACGAGUGUGUCUUUUGGACCACAUUCUAUCCGCCAUCAAAACAGAUCAGCCGUUAUAGGUGUUUCAGUGUUCGGAUUCACCGGAAGUACUUAUGGUUACCCUGGAGGCAUGAGGUUAUCUCCCAUACAAUGCAACUGUGGUCAAAACUCUAUUUGCUUGAAUAACAUUGGACAGUUCAAUUGUAGGUGCUUGAAUGGAUUUGCCUUAAUGUCUGGAACAGAUGAAUUCGUAUGUAACGCCAUAACUUGUCCUCCUUUGACUGCUCCUACUAAUGGUUUUGUGACGUACAAUACUACUAUUAAUGGAGACGGCACCUAUGCCUUAGAUGUAGUAGCUACCUAUAGCUGUGACACCGGGUUUUAUCUGGUUAGUAACACCUCAUUGACAAAGACAUGUACUGGAAAUGGCAGUAGCACUACUGGUGCUUUUGAUGGACAAGCUCCAAUCUGUGAAGCUAUAACAUGCCCUCCACUUUACAAUCUAACUGACGGCUCGGUGUCUUAUUCGAAUGUGCCUGGUUUAAUGGCUACCUAUAGUUGUGACACUGGGUUUGCUUUGGUUGGUAACAAGACAAGGACUUGCACUGGAGAUGGCAGUAACAGCACUGGUGCAUUUAAUGGGGCGGCUCCAACCUGUGAACCCAUAACCUGCCCUGCUGUGCCCUCGCCAAGCAACGGGAGUACUAACUUUAGUGGAUCUUCAGCUAAUCAAAUCGGCAACUAUAUAUUUAAUGUAGUGGCUACCUACAUCUGUGACACUGGGUUUUCUCUGGUUGGUAACAGCUCAAGGACUUGCACUGGAAGUGACAAUAGUAUUACGGGUUCUUUUGAUGGACAAACUCCAAUCUGUGAAGCUAUAACAUGCCCUCCACUUUACAAUCUAACUGACGGCUCGGUGUCUUAUUCGAAUGUGCCUGGUGUAAUAGCUACCUAUAGUUGUGACACUGGGUUUGCUUUGGUUGGUAACAAGACAAGGACUUGCACUGGAGAUGGCAGUAACAGUACUGGUGCAUUUAAUGGGGCGGCUUCAACCUGUGAACCCAUAACCUGCCCUGCUGUGCCCUCGCCAAGCAACGGGAGUACUAACUUUAGUGGAUCUUCAGCUAAUCAAAUCGGCAACUAUAUAUUUAAUGUAGUGGCUACCUACAACUGUGACACUGGGUUUUCUCUGGUUGGUAACAGCUCAAGGACUUGCACUGGAAAUGACAGUAGUAUUAUGGGUUUUUUUGAUUGGUCUGCUCCAACUUGUGAAGCCAUAACUUGUCCUCCUUUGACUGCUCCUACUAAUGGCUUUGUGACGUACAAUACCACUAUUGAUGGAAACAGUACCUAUGCCUUUGAUGUGGUAGCUAUUGAUGAAAACAGCACCUAUGCGUUUGAUGUGGUAGCUAUCUAUAGCUGUGGCACAGGGUUUUCUCUAGUUGGUAGCAAUACAAGGACUUGUACUGGAAAUGGCAGUAGCACUAUUGGUGCAUAUGAUGGAGAGCCUCCAACCUGUGUAGCUGUCUCAAUUUCAUUGUUGCUCCUCUUUAUUCUCAUACCCGUUGUGAUUGUGGCUCUACUAGCUCUAGGUGGAGGAUACAUAGCUGUUGCUCGUCUCCGGAAACGGAAAAACUGUUGUGUUUCACGUUAAACUAUACUAUAAUUAUUAUCACUGUUAUCUUCAUGCAAUCACAUGCACUCAUAGUUUGUCAACAAUUUAAUUGAUUAACAAUUUAAUUGAUUAAG